UUGACGGGCUGCGCACGUGGUGCCCCGCCACUGCACUUCUCUGCGGGGUUCGGCUGAAUAUCAGUACGCGGCCGUCUUCGCCCUUGCCUUCGCCCUCGAGCUCAGCUUGUCCCGCGACGCGCACAGGACGACUUUCCACGCGCGCGACCCACCGAUCCAUCUAACGAACCUCACGUACACGUCCCACCGACCACGCGAUGUCCCAAGCAGGCCUCAUCUCACUAGAGCGUCCCGAUGAGCGGAGCGACCGCGAUCGUCUCUCAGCAGCGACGCACUCGCCCUCGUCCAGCGCCCAAUCCCUCGUCAUCUCAUCCAACCUGCGCGCCGCACUCGAGUACGAAGAACGCAUCCGGAACGCAGCAUCCCAGGGACCAUCGGGCUAUGGAUCCAUCCCCGCAAGCUCGGAAUGGGGCGGCGGCCUGCCCCCGCCGCCGCGCCACAAAAGCAGACUGAAGGCGGCGGCACCCUCGUCGCAGACCUCGCCCACAGGCUCGAUCUCCCUGCCGCCCUCGCCAGUCGGACCAUCGCGUGCAGCAGAUGGCAGCAGUGGGCCGAGCGCAAACCCGUAUAUCAAUCCAGUGCCGCGACUAUCAUACCUCAUCCGGGACGAGCCGCCGCUGGUCUUGAAUACCAGUGAGCCUGCGGCGGACACGCGGAGCAUUGGGCAGGACUCGAGCGACUCGCAGGGGACGAGCUCGUCGCGGACGGUGGACGAGGCGCGGAUGUCGCCGACGUCGGGGUCGUCCGGAAAGGGGGACGGGCUGCGGCACCUGCGGGGGCUGUCGUCGCUGCAGAAGGUGGAGAAGAUGAUCGGGAAGAGCAAGAAGUCGCUGGGGAUGAUCGCGGAGGGCAAUCUGAAGCUGACGUCGGGCCGGCGUGGGAGUGAUGCGGACAUGCAGGGCAGCGGCGGGCGGGCGGCGCCGGGGCCGGAGCGGCGGAAGGCGGCGAGCGUGCUGUACGCGGCGAGCGCGCCGAACUCGCCGAUCAGUGCG